GCGGCGGCGGCGGCGGCGGCUGAACGCUGUGCCCUAAUGCCUCAUGGCAUGGAACCAAUCAUGACUUCUAAACGCCUAUUCCAACAGAGUCCAAAUUCUGGUAAUUACUACCAAACUUUAAAGACUUCAAGUCAAAAUCCAGCAAUAGAUUAUCACCUAACGACCAGUUUCAAGUGCAAAGAAGAGACACAUCAGCAGAAAAUUGGCCACCAAGUAAUGAAUGUUUUCUGGCAACAGUAACUCAUGAAUCUUUCUGCUAAAGUGUGAAGAGGUUGCAAGCCAUAUUAAGUGGAGACAAUAAUCAUGUUGAUAAAAACAGCUUUUGAAAUAUUGAAUCCAUUAUUAUAACAUAUUGGGAUCUCCUGGUGGAAAAGCAUAAACAAGCAAUAUGAUGUUUCAUCAAUUGGUGACUUUUGAGGAUGUGGCUGUGUAUCUCUCAAAGGAAGAAUGGAAGCGGCUAAAUCUUGCUCAAAGGGAGCUCUACAGAGAUGUGAUGCUGGAGAAUUAUGAGAACCUUCUCUCCCUGGGAUUUCCAGUUUCUAAACCUGAUAUUAUCUCUCAACUGGAACAAAGAAAAGAAGCAUGGAUCGUUCAGGGUCCUGAGAAAAGGAAGUUCUCUCAGAAUGCUCAUAGGGAUUAUAAGAAUAGAUCUGAAAAUGAAAAUUUAACUCUAAGGCAAAAUCCUCAAGAAGUUGAAUUACUUGGAAAAGAUUCAGAAAAAUACCAAAAAGAUGUUACUCAGGUCCCAGACUUAAGAAGAACCUGUGACCAGCAAAGUAGCUUAGAAAAGCAAAUAAGAAAUCACAGAGACAAGAAACAGAAUAAACUCAUUUCGCAGGAGAGGUUUUCAAAGCAAGUUUCCCCAAAGAAAACCACAGGAAAAGAGAGAGAUCAUGAAUAUAAUGAUUCUGGUAAAAACCUCAUUUUGAGUUCCAAUGUAGUCACUCAUCAAAGAGUUGAAAGAGAACAUAAAUGUACUGUAUGUGGUCAGAGUUUUUCCCAUCCUUUAACUUUAAUUCAACAUAGGAGAAUUCAUGGUGGAGAGAAGCGUUAUCAGUGUAAUGAUGAUAGGAAGAAUUUCAGUCAAAAGUCACAGUUGACAAGAGAGGAGAUAAUUCACACUGACGAAAAGCCGUAUGAAUGUACAGAAUGUGGGAAGUCCUUCAGUCGCAGUUCACAUCUUACUUUACAUCAGAGAAUUCAUACUGGGGAGAAACCCUUCAAGUGUAACAAGUGUGGGAAAGCUUUUGGCACAAAUUCUGAUCUUAUUCGACAUGAGAGGAUUCAUACCGGAGAAAAACCAUAUAAGUGCAGUGACUGUGGAAAAGCUUUUAGUCAAUCUUCAGUGUUUAUUCGACACCAGAGAAUUCAUACUGGAGUGAGUGCCUAUAAGUGUGAUGACUGUGGGAGAGCCUUAAGUAGUAAAUUAAGCCUUAUUGAACAUUGUAGAAUUCAUACUGGUGAAAAACCUUUUCAGUGUGAUGAAUGUGGAAAAGCCUUCACUCACUUCACAAGUUUAAUUUAUCAUCAGAGAAUUCAUACUGGAGAAAAACCAUAUGAAUGUAAUGAAUGUAGUAAAGCCUUCAGCCGACAUUCAGUUCUAAUUCGACAUCAAAGAGCUCACACUGGGGAGAAACCAUUUAAGUGUAAUGAAUGUGGGAGUGCUUUCAGUAGAAGAUCAGUACUUAAUGAACAUAAGAGAAUUCAUAGUGGGGAAAAGCCAUAUGUAUGUAAUGAAUGUGGAAAAUCUUUCAGUCGGAGCUCCACCCUUAUCCAACAUCAGACAGUUCAUAAUUCAGAAAAACCUUAUAAAUGCAAUGAAUGUGGGAAAGGCUUUGGGUGCCGCUCACAUCUUACUGUGCAUCAGAGAAUUCAUAUUGGGGCUAAGCCUUACCAAUGUAAUGUGUGUGGGAAAGCCUUUAGUCGAAGCUCUAUCCUAAACCAACAUCAGAGAAUUCAUACUGGAGAGAAGUUGUAUAAAUGUAAUGAGUGUGGGAAAGCAUUUAGUCGGAGCUCCAUCCUUAACCAACACCAGAGAAUUCAUACUGGAGAGAAGCGGUACAAAUGUAGUGAAUGUGGAAAAGCCUUCAACCGGAGAUUUAGUCUUAUCCUACAUCAGAGGAUUCAUUCUGGAGAGAAGCAGUGUAAAUGUGAUAAGUGUGGAAAAGCCUUCAGUCGGAGAACCAAUCUUAUACGGCAUCAACAAAUUCAUACAGAAGAUAAGUCUUGUGAAUAAAAUAUUUAAAUUAAAUUCUUUGCUGCCUGAAGAUUCAACAAAAAGAAAUAUCCAUCUCAAUUUGUGAUUGUAAUUAGUAUUGGAGAAAGAUUGUUUCUGGGUCAGAGUCCAUUUUUUAAUGAAGCAGUGUCUUAUAGUAAAUUAUAAGAUCUUUUAAGAGCAUAAGUUUUUCUUCAGUUUACAUAGCAUCUAGGUCUAGGAGACCUGCAAAGUUCUCAUUUUGUUGGAAUGAUGCAAGCAAUGCUUAUAUAGAAACUACCUAUGACAGCUGCUUUCUUUAUCUUCAUGUGAAAAUUCUUGUCUGAAAAUCCUAGGAUAAUAACUUAAGGGAAUGUUUUAUCUCUGCCUGAAAUACUACAACUCAAAUAGAAUAAUCCAACUUCUGUUUCUACAAGUCAUUAUUCUGAAGGAUCUUUUAUCCUCCAUAAAUUGAGAGGAUGGUGCUGCAGUCCUUGUUAAUGAGGAAGGAAUUUGGAAAGAAUAAGAGAGUGACACCUGGAAUUCUUUGUAUUGGUAGAUAAUAUACCUGUACUGCAUUAGGUAAUAAGUAGUUAAAACAAAAUUAGA